GAGUGUCCCGUUGUCUCUAUCAUUAUUCCCGUCACAAGAAGCAGCCACAGCAUCCCGUACUCCUUCUAAACACGCGUCUGGUCUCUCGCACACCCUUUAUUCUAGGAAUCUCAACCUCUCUGCGCACAUGUCGGUCAUUCGCCCGUUCGAUCCCACAGACAUCUUACGUUUCAACAAUAUCAAUGCCGACCCAUGGACAGCGACAUAUCAUAAUGGCUACUAUGCCAGCUAUACAGCGCAAUGGCCUGACUGGUGUGUCGCCGUUGAAGGCGCUUAUGACCCAACAUUGAAAGCUUACAUGAUCUCCAAACAUGAGCCUCCGGCCCCCGAUCCACAGCAUCACGGUCAUUUAACAGCUCUUUCAAUUGCUCCAUCGCACAGAUCACUCGGACUCGCCCGUGUUCUCAUGGAUGUUCUCGAAGGAUUAAGCGGACCAGGAGAGAUAGCGGUGGAAUGUAAUAAUGAUCAUGGAGCUCAUGCGCACGAGCACCAAGCGGUCCCUACCGGAGCAGCGCGCGAUUCGGUGGAUGCGUGGUUUGUAGAUCUCUUUGUGAGGUGCAAUAAUGUCAGGGCAAUAAGCAUGUACGAAAAAAUGGGGUACAGUGUGUACAGAAGGGUAGUUGACUAUUAUAAUGGCAUGGAGGGUGUUGGCUCUACAAGAGAUGAAUUGGACGGUUUUGACAUGAGAAAAUCAAUGCCUAAGGAUAAGGCCAAGCGAUACGUUAGACCAAACGGCCGUGACAUUCUCGUCUCACCCGAUCAAGUUUGGGCAUAACUCCUGCCUCGAGAUGCAUAACGGCAUAUACACAUUUAUCGCACUAAUCAGUUCAUCUUUUCAUUAAUUAUUCAACCAUCAUCGUCAUUGUCAAUCAUUCCUAUGUACUUAUUACCGCAAUGAUUUGCCAUCCGCCGUAUAAAUACAGUCUAUAUCAAUUUUCUUCCCCCAUUCUGAUUGAGGUUUUCUUCGGUUCCAACUUUCUGCAAGGAAGAUCGUGGCGAAAUAAAAUAAAAACUAGGGAUACAGGGUGAAAAUACGUCUCUUCAUGAAAAGGAAGAAUGAAGAAUUGGGGUUUGAGAGUAAUUUACGGAACAAGAUGCGAAACUCGUGG